AGAAGAGUCUGACUUCUGCUACCGCCCUUAAAUCCACCGCAGCAUCAACAAAAACACCAAAAACAAUAACAACCACAAAAAGCCUCUACCUACCCUAUUUUCACGCCAUGUUCAAGUUUGCUACCGUCCGCCUCGGGCAGCGUCUGCUCCCCCGCGCGCUCCCCCGCUUCUCCACCGGUGCUCGUCGUGUCACGGGUCUCUUCGUCGGUGUGGCGGGUGGCACUGUCGUUGGUGGCGCCACCUUCGUCUUUUGCGCUCCCUGGGGCUCGCGUGUGGAGGAGCCGCCGUUUGACAUUCGUGCGCUGCGCGCAGAUAUCGAAAAUUUAAUUUCGAAUAAUCUGCCGCUGGGACCGUCUCUCGUGCGCCUCGCCUGGCACGAGGCAGGUUCGUACGACUGCCAAAAGAAGGAUGGGUCGCCGAACUCGGCCUCGAUGCGCUUCAAACCGGAGUGUUUCUACAGCGGUAACAAUGGUCUCGAUGUGCCGCGAAAGGCGCUCGAGCCCUUGAAGAAGAAGUACCCUCAGAUUUCCUACGCAGACCUGUGGGUGCUGGCUUCGUACGUCGCCAUCGAGUACAUGGGCGGUCCCCAGAUCCCGUUCAGCUGGGGACGCGUGGAUGCGAAGGAUGGGUCUGUUUGCGGGCCGGAUGGCCGCCUGCCUGACGCCGCGCAGACUCAAAAGCACGUCCGCAACGUCUUCACGCGCCUCGGCUUCAACGAUCAAGAAACGGUGGCGCUUAUUGGUGCCCACACCUGCGGUGUAUGCCAUCAGGAUUACUCCGGUUUUGUCGGGCCGUGGACGCAUGACGCCAAUGGGUUUGACAACUCCUUCUUCACGACUCUCCUCGAUGAGGAGUGGGAGGUGAACCCGAACGUCGAGCAGUUGCAAAUGAUGGAUCGCACCACGAAAAAGCUGAUGAUGCUGCCCAGCGACAUCGCCCUCCUCUUGGAUCCCAAGUAUCACAAGUACGUCGAGAUGUACGCGAAGGACAACGAUCGUUUUAACAGCGACUUCGCGAAGGCAUUUAAGAAGCUGACGGAGCUUGGAACGAAGAACCUUCACAAUGCUCCGGCUCCGCAGAGAGAGUAA